CUUCCUGAUACGUGCGUGCAUUAUAGCCAGGUUUGCCACACGUACUACAGCACUGAACCUUCGUACGAGCUCCCCCUACACCAACACCAUCCAGCUGCAUUUCUUGCCCAACAACUCAUCCGCCCAACCCCCCCGCACGGGAACCGGCGCGGGACCGGGAAACACUUACUUCGCCUCGCGCCUGUUCCCGCGCGCCAGCGAAACCAGCCCGUAUGGUGCCGGACCCGUUGUCCAGCACAAUGGGUCGGGCGAGAUUUAUCGUCCCAACAUGCUGUUCUCGAGGCGCUUUGGAGAAUUGGCGGUCGAUUGUCCAGCCGGUCAAUAUCUGGCCCCUUGCGGCGUCUCGGGUAUUCAAUCAGGAGCUCGCGUAUUUCUCGAUUCGAUCUAGGGCCGGUGAUCUCGUAGUAUGUUGCGCUACGCAUCAGCGCCUAGUCAUACACUGCCUGAGCGAAGUCGGGCGGAAGGAGUCAACUUUUAAGGACCUGCGAGCGAAGCUAGAACAGCAACUGGCGCAAUGCCUGCUGUUCGAAUGCGAUUUUACCAACGAUUCCAGCAUCCUGAAAUGGCACCUCCAACCUCGCACCAAGGAGCUCGUGUUCUACCCGCGGCACUUUCAGAUUCUUCCUAAAACCAUGCCCGACUGGAGACAAGAGUAUCUCGCUGGCAUCCGAGAUGCCGAGACGCAACAAUCCGUUGAUCGAGAGCUUAUCGCAGCAUGUCAGUGA